AUGAUUUUGUCCAAGUGGCUGGCCACUCUACUGGGCGGCGCAUUCGCCGUCCAGGGUGCCCUUGCUAUCGAAUUGAACAUUGAUGACGAGAGCUCCCUUAAAACUGCGGCGAAAACGGUCGCCACCAGAAUGAUGAAAUUCUACGACUCUCGCGAAUCCAAGAACAUCCCCGGUAAACUCGAUGGCACUUGGUGGGAGGGCGGUUCCAUGUUCAUGACCCUUAUUCUGUACUGGUUUGUGACCGGUGACGACCAGUUCAACCCCGCCGUUCAGGAAGGAAUGUACUUCCAGAAGGGCGACAACAAUUUCUUCCCCAGCAACUAUAGUCAGUACCUGGGAAACGACGAUCAAGUCUUUUGGGGUCUCGCUGCUAUUACCGCCGCGGAAUUCAACUACCCCGAACAAGACGGCCAACCUUCCUGGGUAUCUCUCGCACAGGGUGUCUUCAACACCCAGUACCCCCGCUGGGAUACAAGCAGCUGCCACGGUGGUAUGCGCUGGCAGAUUUGGCCGUAUCAGGACGGUUACCUGACGAAGAACGCGAUUUCGAACGGAGGAUUGUUCCAACUUUCGGCCCGCCUCGCCCUCUACACCGGAAAUAAGACAUAUGCUGACUGGGCUGAGCGCAUUUGGGAUUGGAGUGCUACGACCCCGCUGCUCAAGCAGAAGAACUGGAACAUCGCCGACACUACCACCUGCGGCACGCAGUGCACAGAUCAUGGCGAUUUCCAAUGGACCUACAACUAUGCCACCUAUAUCAGCGGUGCUGCCUACAUGCACAACUACACUAAUGGCACUGAAACGAAAUGGAAGGAGGGUGUCGAGGGUCUCGUCAAGACCUCUCAGCAGUUCUACCCGACCACAGGAUUCAAUGGAGCCGGUGGCCAGAUUCUAUCGGAUAUCACCUGCGAACCCCUUGGCAACUGCGAUCGCAACCAGAUCACCUUCAAGUCCUAUUUCUCCAACUGGCUUGGAGUGAUGACAACGAUCGUCCCCGGUACCUCCGACCUAAUCUUCCCUCAGCUGAGAACCUCGGCCCAGGCCGCUGCAAAGCAAUGCUCGGGUGGUGAUGACGGUGAUUUAUGUGGUAUUCGCUGGUACAAGCAAGCCGAUUGGGACGGGAGCAAAGGUCUCGAGCAACAGAUGGCUGUACUGGGUGUUCUGUCUGCCAAUCUGCUCCCCUUCAUGAACAAAGCGCCACUGACUGCAGAAUCUGGUGGAACUUCCAAGAGUAACCCGAAUGCCGGCACCAAUACCUCGGACAAUAAAGUCCCCGUGUUGAACACCAUCGGUACUGGUGACCGUGCAGGUGCGGGCGUCUUGACGGUCAUCUUCGUCGGCGGUUGGGCUAUUGCUGUGACCUGGAUGAUCCGUGGUGGUUAA